AUGUUUGAGAACCUCUGCACGCUGCCGCUUCAAGCGGAGGUGUUUGCGACAGCACUGCACCCUUCGGAGCCGUUGCUUACAGUCGGCCUCUCCAAUGGCCACGUGCAGACAUUCCGCUUGCCACCUAGCUCUUCUUCUGAUGAGAGCGUCGACGGAGACACCAGCGUGCUGAGCGAUGGGAAAGGAUAUCUGGAGACGACGUGGGAAACUAGGCGGCACAAAGGGAGCUGCCGCUGUUUGGCAUACUCCCACGAUGGCAGCGCCAUGUACUCGGCAGGUACGGACGCGAUUGUCAAGUAUUUCGACCCCGAAAACGGCAAAGUCAUUUCCAAAAUGGCAAUUCCGACCACAAGCACACAGCCCGAUGCGCCGACACUAUUACACGUAUUAAACCCCCAAAGCUUGCUGUUGGGAACCGACUCUGGCGCUCUACACAUUGUAGAUCUUCGAGACGGUCGUCCUGGCAAGAAGCCAGCACAGACUCACUUCCCCCACGCCGACUACGUGUCGUCCAUCACACCUCUGCCACCGACAGAGGAGAGCACGAGCGGGUUCUCCAAACAGUGGGUCAGCACGGGAGGCACCACGUUGGCUGUGACCGAUGUACGUCGCGGCGUCCUCGUUCGGAGUGAGGACCAAGAGGAUGAGCUCUUGGACGCCUGCUUUGUGCACGGUCUGGGGCCGAAGAAGAUGAGAGGCAACGGAAUGGUGGCGAUUGGCUCAGGCUCGGGCAUCCUGACACUGUGGGAUAAAGGUGCCUGGGACGACCAGCAAGAACGCAUCAUUGUUGAUGGGGGCAAGGGCGGAGGCGAGAGCAUCGACUGCGUUGUGGCUGUUCCCAAGGACCUCGGCCUCGGACAAAAGGUUGUCUGCGGUGUCGGUGAUGGUAGCCUGCGCGUGGUGGAUCUCCUGAGCCGCGAGGUUGACCGUUCGUUGAAUCUGAGGCACGAUGAUUUUGACGCCGUGGUCUCGCUAUCCUUUGAUUGCCAAAACCGACUUAUUAGUGCUGGUGGCCGCACCGUCAAAGUCUGGGAGGAGUUAUCCGAGCUGCAGGCUAGCCAGAACCAAGACGAAGAAGAAGAAGAAGUAGAUGAAGAGAAUGAUGAUGAUGAGGUGGAGAACAAGGCCCGAAACUCGAAACGGCCGGCUGAAAGCGAUAGCGAUGAGGACGACGACGACGACGACGAUAGCGACGACGAUGGCGUCGAGGAGAUGAAGCAACGCGCAAAGCGACGCAAGGAGAUGAAGAAGAGCAAGCUUGGACCCAUGGGCGCGCAUGGCAUCAUGGGCUUCAGCGAAUUGGACUAG